CGUCACAAGCUUGCAACAUGGCGUCCCGAAGGCUGUGAGAUGAGCAAGAGGAUGGUACAUUGAGAACGAUUCUACCGAUGUAAAAAGGUGUUGCUUGUGUAGGAAGAGAGAGAAAAGGAAGGUGGAAAUGGAACUGCCAAAUCAUGCCAAACAAAUACUACUGCAACUCAACCAGCAGAGGGCUAAGGGCUUCCUGUGUGACGUCAUCAUCGUGGUGGAGAACGCUCUGUUCCGAGCCCACAAGAACAUCCUAGCAGCCAGCAGUAUCUACUUCAAGUCCCUGGUUCUCCACGACAACCUUAUCAACCUGGACACAGAGAUGGUGAAUCCCUCUGUUUUCCGACAAGUCCUGGACUUCAUCUACACGGGGAAGCUCCUGUCCUCAUUGGACCAGAGUAAUGAGCAGAACUACAGUGCCCUCUUGACCGCAGCCAGCUACCUCCAGCUCCAUGACCUCGCCGCGCUGUGCAGGAAGAAGCUCAAGCGAAGCGGUGGCAAGCCUCUGCCGGGUAAACUCUCCACAUCGGGUCCGCUCAGCCGACUGCGCCACAACAACGAGCGCCUCUCGUCCUCCGCCCUCACCGCCUCCCACAACCACUACGUCCUCGCCCCCUCUGACGCAGACCAGCCACAGCCCGAUGACGGCCUCGGGGACAAGCUCUCGGAUGAUGAGAUGUUCAUCGGGAGCACCGCCGUGAAGAAUGGGACCUGCGGGAGUGGUAGUAAUGGAAACCUCAGUAACGGUUUGAGCGGCAGGGAGACAGAUCUCGGGCUGGACCUGUCCAAGAAGAGCCUUCCAUCGGCGUGUACCACAACAGACGCACUCAGCCCUCACAGCAACUCACAGGGUUCCCCUCAAUCUGCCUCAGUAUCCACAACCAACAGUGCCUCACUGGAUGAUUCCACCAUCACUCUGCCCGGUCUGGACACCACCGGCCCAGAGCCCAUGGAGCUCAUGCCCACCCCCAAAGCCCCUGAAGACAGUCAGGCCCAUCCAGACGCUCCCCUGCCUCGCAAGAGCUCCCGCCAGGUAGCCCGCAAAAAGGAGUGGCCCAAGAGAGAGGCCUCUGGCCUGAAGGCUGAGGAUCGUGACCCGCCCCUGGUCAAUGGUGUGAUCGUGGGACCUAAAGAGGGCCGCUCAUCCAGGGGUGUAGGCAGGGACAGCAGGUGCAGCUUUCCCUCAGACCAGUCCUUCCAGUGUAAAGAGGAGGAGGAAGGAGGGGAGAAUGGGCAGGAGCACAGUGACCAGAGCGGGCAUAGUGAUGGAGAGAGUGGAGGAGGAGGGCACCACAGCGCCAACUAUGUGUACCGGCAGGAAGGGUUUGAGCCAGCGUUUGGGGACAACUUGUAUGUGUGCAUCCCCUGUGGGAAGGGCUUUCCCAGCUCGGAGCAGCUUAACGCCCAUGUGGAGACACACACAGAGGACGAGCUCUACAUCAAAGAGGAGGGAGGGGCCUUUGUGAAAGAGGAAGAGGCUGAGGACCUCUCGGCCCCCGUGGCUCCCACCACAUUCGGCAUCUCCGAGCCACGGCCCUUCAAGUGCACCGUAUGCAGUAAGAGCUACAAAGACCCGGCGACCCUGAGACAGCACGAGAAGAGCCACUGGCUGACCCGACCCUUCCCAUGUAACAUCUGCGGGAAGAUGUUCACCCAGAGAGGCACUAUGACGCGCCACAUGCGGAGCCACCUGGGCCUGAAACCGUUUGCUUGCGAUGAGUGUGGCAUGCGCUUCACACGCCAGUACCGCCUGACGGAGCACAUGCGCGUCCACUCGGGAGAGAAGCCGUACGAAUGCCAGUUGUGCGGUGGAAAGUUCACCCAGCAACGCAACCUCAUCAGCCACCUGAGAAUGCACACCUCACCCUCCUAAAACACAACAUCAAGCCAAAGAAUGCUUUUUCAUUUUUUUCCCCACCUCACAACUAAACAAAUGCACAUGUACACUCAUGCAGAAACACAGGUACACACUCUCUCUCUCACACACACACGUAAACAUAGAUUUCUAUACACAACCACCUGGCUUAGUGUGUGUAGUUGUUGUCCAGAGUCAGCAUGUGGCAGGAUGGUCAUGGAAAACAACCCCACCACCUCUGGAAGUCUAGACGGGCAGUGUACCUCCCCUUCCCCCUCUCUCUCUGAAGUCACCUAUGGUGGAUGUAAGGGCAUGGACCGGUGGUUGUCUCUCUUAUAUCUUGUAAAUGUGAAUGGGGUACUGUUGUAACCUCAGGCCCACCUCAUGCCUCUCAUACACCCUCAACACCUUUACUUGGGAGUAUUUAGGCCUUUGACUUUUUCAAACUGAUCCCUUCUGGGGGUAUUCAGGGUUCCCUCUAUACUCCAACCUCAUUAGUCAAACAACUACGCCAUUCCUCCUUUUAAUUUAGACAGGUCUAAUAUUAUUCACUCUGUCAAUGAUGUACACUACAGGCAAUAAUUUCAAAGAAUGUGUUUUUGUUGUAACCAAACAGCAGCUACUGUAUAUGUCCAAUGCUAAUGUGAGUGAACCUGAAGAUAGUGGGGAUGUCUGCAUUCGGGUGGAGGGAUGUUGUUGGUCAUAUCCAUGCUUUACCUAAAAGUUUGAUGUCUGAGUUUCCAGAUGAGGGGCUCAAUUUCAUUUACUCCAGACACACACUGACCUUAAAGUCUCCACUCUACAGCUGGUCUCUGAGUAAGAGAAAGAGGGGAGGUGGGGUUAGUCAUUUUGCCCAUGAAAGCUCAUCCUGGGAUAACAACAAAACUAAAUGGAGGUACUUGUUUUACUGAAAGAACCUGUAAUGUUUCUGUGAAUGUUUAAACUGGAAGGUCUUCGGAUGUUUCUUCUUGGG